AUGUCGGGUUUUGACAACUUCAACACAGACUUUUACCAGUCCAGCUACAGUGUAGAUGACCAAAGCCAAGCUGGCUAUGGCUACAGCAACACUGACAACCCCUACAACAAGCCAUAUGGUCAAUAUGAUUACUCCCAGCCCAUGGGCUACCCUUCCCCGGGAAUGAUGCCGCCUCAGCAGCCAUAUACCGGACAAAUCUUCCAGCCCACACAGACUUACACUCCGUCAGCGUCACAGUCCAUGUACAGUAACAGCUUUGAUGAUGAGCCACCACUGCUAGAAGAAUUAGGAAUAAAUUUUGACCACAUCUGGCAGAAGACUCUGACGGUGCUCCAUCCAAUGAAAGCAGCAGACGGUAGCAUCAUGAACGAGACAGACUUGGCUGGGCCUAUGGUGUUCUGUUUGGCCUUUGGAGCAACACUUCUCCUGUCAGGUAAAAUCCAGUUUGGUUAUGUGUAUGGCAUCAGUGCAAUUGGCUGCCUUGGCAUGUACUGCCUACUCAACCUUAUGAGUAUGACAGGCGUGUCUUUUGGCUGCGUGGCCAGCGUGCUGGGAUACUGCCUCCUCCCCAUGAUCAUUCUCUCAACUUUUGGAGUUCUCUUUUCUUUACAGGGCAUGAUGGGAAUUAUACUUACAGCAACAAUCAUUAGCUGGUGCAGUUUCUCAGCCUCAAAGAUCUUCAUCUCAGCAUUGGCCAUGGAUGGGCAGCAGCUCUUGGUUGCGUACCCCUGCGCUCUGCUGUAUGGGGUUUUCGCACUCAUCUCGGUCUUCUGAAAUCCAUAAUUCAUCAACAUUUUCAAAUAGCUGCUCCCCAGUUUCUGUAAUGUCAGUCUAAUUGGCAAAAGUGUAAUUUGUAAAAUUAUUGGCUAAUAAUGCUGUUACUACAGAAAAGUGGGAGCACCUGUCUAAAUCGGCAACAGGAUUUUUUUUCUUCUUUUAUUGGCCUUCACCUUUCCCCACAUUACAACUUGACCAUCUGCAAGCUGGAAUAUAUCGUGGCACACAUGACGUCUCUUCAUCUUACUCCCCUCAUGCAUCUUAUAGGAGAGGACUGUCAAAUAAGCCUGCUGGAAAGAAGAAAACCUCUGUGGACCUUGUUGAGCCUUAAAUGGCCUUGUACAGUCCUAUGAUUUUAAGGACAUGAAGGGGUAGUUUUUCAAGAAUAUAAAUUAACCCUGUAACCUAAUUUGAAUUUAGCCAAAAUCAUCAUGAUUUUUGUAAAAGCUUUUAUGAGCGUUUUCUGCCUCCCAUAGAUUUAGCAACAAGACUAAGGGAAACACCCACUUUCAUUCUGCACAGGACUACAUUAACAGAAGGGGGUGAGUGUGUGGGGGGGUCUCCUCCACAACAUCUUAUUUUCUCCAUAACUGAGGAGCCACAAACCCCAUCGUCUGUGUCAAUAUUUUUGGACAGAACAAUAGCUGCUCUGCUAUAUCUCAUGUAUUUUAUUAUAUUCUUUGGAGAUUGGUUUGACUUUUGAUGCCUUUCAGGAAGACACAACUACAGUUUGCACAAAAGCAUUGCUCCAAAACCAAACCAGUUUGAUUAAAUAGAGUUAAUAUUAUGAGUGAUGCUGUAUGUGUGUAGGUACAGAUGUCUCUAUAGUUUUUUUUUUUUUUUUUUUUCUUAUUGUUCGUAUCGCUUUUCAUCUCUUAAAACUUUGUUUUUAGAGACGACUCACUUAAUGCUUUGAUGUGUCAUCUGUUGUUCAUGUCUUCUCAUGCACAUUAAAGUUGUUUUUGAUGGUUA